GGGUACGUGAAAUAUAUAAAACCAAAGUUAUAAGCAUUUAAUUCCUAAAGUGGAUUCAGGAUUUCAAAUCUCCAGAUAUUCAUACUGCUUUUGAAUAAAAAUGGAAUUUUUGGGUCUUUUGAAAAUCCGGGUUCGCAGAGGCAUCAAUCUUGCCGUCAGAGAUACGCACAGCAGUGAUCCGUAUGUUGUAAUUACAAUGGGAAAUCAGAAAGUGAAGUCUCCUGUUGUCAAGGAUAGUUGCAACCCAGUCUGGGAAGUGGACAUGAGUCUUGCUAUACAUGAUCCAAAUGCCCCAAUCACACUUACUCUUUAUGACAAAGAUACAUUCACCGUAGAUGACAAAAUGGGAGAUGCAGAGAUAGACUUAAAACCAUACCUUGAAGCAAUGAAAAUGGGUUUGAAAGACUUGCCAGAUGGUUACAAAGUUCAUAGUGUGGAGCCAAGCGACGAAAACUGUUUGGCAGUUGGGAGCAACAUUGUCUGGGAGCACGGUAAAAUGACGCAAGAGAUGAUACUUCGACUGAGAAAUGUAGAAUGUGGUGAAGUUGAGAUCCAGAUUGAGGUGAUCGAUGCACCCUCCCCUAAAGCCAACCUCUUCUAAGGAAGUGGCCCUUGUUGUUGUUAAUUUGUUAUUGUUGUGCUUGCUGCAUCUUGUAAAUUAGGUUAGUGAAGCUUAUAAUGUGGGGAUGAGACUCAUGCAAGUUUACCAGUUUAGCAUCAUGAGGUAACUCAUUUGCUUUAAUAAGUUUUUAAACCCCCUGAUCAACAGUUGUUUCCAGUGGAUUCUGCCAAACAUUUCAACUUUUAUACUUGGACACAACAUUUAAUAGUAAAUAAUAUUGCAGUCCAAGAUGGUUGGGGUGAGAUUGAUG